AUGUCAGGCUCCGAGAGCGCUGGCAAACAGUUUCUCGACACCAUCGGAAGUGGAUACAAUGUCGAUGGGAAGUCCGCGCUGGCAGGUUUGGUCACAUCCGUGGUCCUCACAAUAGUAAUCGCGCUUCUAUUCUGCUUUUUGCGACCCUACAACAGCGUCGUCUACGCGCCCCGAGCCAAGUACGCCGAUAACAAACAUGCCCCGCCUCCCGUGGCCAAAGGACUACUGGGGUGGAUACCGCCGUUGAUCAAAACGAAAGAGAAGGACUUGGUGGAGAAGGUUGGACUCGAUGCUGCCGUGUUCAUGCGGGUAUGCCGGAUGCUGAGGAACAUCUUCACCAUUCUUGCUGUGAUCGGAUGUGGAAUCCUGAUCCCAAACAACUUGGUGGGAGCAAAGAAGAGUGGGGUCUCGCACGUGGGAUUCUUCACGCGAUUGACACCGAUCUACCUUUACUCUGCACCACAGUCGCUUUGGGCAUAUGUGAUAGUGGCAUGGCUGUAUAACAGUGUGAUUAUGUACUUCCUCUGGGCAAACUACCGGCAGGUCUCACGUCUGAGGAGGGAGUACUUUGACAGUCCAGAUUUUCAGCGGAGUCUUCACGCCCGUACGUUGAUGUUGACGGACAUCCCCAAAGAGCUUCGAUCGGAUGAAGGCAUUGCCAGGAUCAUAGACGAGGUCAAGGUGGCCCAAGAUCACCCUCGCACUGCAAUUGCGCGUAAUCUGAGAGACUUGCCAGAUCUGAUUGAGGACUACACCGAGACUGUAAAAGAGCUGGAGGAACAUUUAGCCAAGUACCUCAAGAACCCCGACCGCCUUCCGCCGAACCGUCCAACAUGCAAGGUGCACAAAAACGACAAGGCAUAUGGAGCUCAAGCAAAGGGUCAGAGAGUUGAUGCUAUCGAAUACCUCACUGGUCGUAUCAAGGAACUCGAGUACCAGAUCAAAGAAGUUCGACAGGCUGUCGACAAGCGAGACGCAUUAUCGUACGGCUUUGCAUCUUAUGAGAGUAUCCCCGUUGCACACAGUAUGGCAUAUGCCGCACGGAACAAGACACCUCACGGAGCUGCCAUUCAACUUGCGCCAAAACCCAACGACCUUGUGUGGAAGAACCUUAAAAUGAGCCGAAGCCAACGGAGACGACAAAACCUCAUCAACAGUUUCUGGAUCGCGGUAUUGACCCUCGCUUGGACCGUGCCCAACUUACUCAUUGCCGUGUUCCUUUCCAACUUGUCGAACCUGGCAAAGCUUUGGCCAGCGUUCAAUCAAAACUACUUGGCGAACCCUACUUGGUGGGCCAUCGUUCAGGGUGUGCUAGCACCAGCGCUGACAAUGGCCUUUUACUUUUACCUUCCUGCCAUCUUCCGUAAGCUUUGCAUCAAGGCUGGAGAUACUACCAAGAGCAGCAGAGAGAGACACGUUGCCCGCUCUCUCUACAGCUUCUUCUUUUUGAACAACUUGCUGAUCUUCUCACUCUUCUCGACUGUUUGGGCUUGGGUGGUGGAGCUGAUCAACGGAAAGAAUUUCGCUGACUCUGAGCCAUUACUUCUCCUAUUGAAUGGGUUCUGCAAGGUCUCGACAUAUUGGAUUUGUUGGAUGUUGCAGCGUAACUUGGGUGCCGCGGUCGAUCUCAGCCAGCUGUUCACACUUAUCUGGGGAUCGUACUCACGGCGCUUCCUGUCGCCAACACCUCGAAGUCUUAUCGAGCUCUCAGCUCCCCAGGCCAUGGACUACGCUGGCUACUACAAUUACUUCCUCUUCUACGCCACCGUUGCCCUCACCUUCGCCACAAUUCAACCACUCAUCCUACCCGUCACGGCGUUUUACUUCUGGAUGGACUCGUUUAUGAAGAAGUACUUGAUCCUCUACGUAUUCAUCACAAAGUACGAAUCUGGAGGCAUGUUCUGGCGGUCAAUCUUCAACCGAAUCCUGUUUAUGACGGUAUUUGGCAACGUGAUUGUGGCCUUGGUUAUCGGGGCCAACGCUUUGGGCUUCUUUGACGUUCAUUGGCCUAAACUGGCAGCUCUCGUUCCCCUGCCCGUGAUGGUGAUUGCCUUUAAGAUCUACUGCAGACGGACUUUCGACAACGAAAUUCACUACUACCACAUGGGCAGGAAAAUGCAAGACGCAGAGAUCCACGCAGGGAAUGAGCUGAAGAAGUCGAGCAAAGGCGAUAAAAUGGCUAAGCGUUUUGGACAUCCGGCGCUUUACAGGCCUCUCAUCACUCCUAUGGUGUCCUCGAAGAGCCAGCAUCUGCUGCGAAGUAUAUACACUGGACGUACCUCUCUUGACGAUACUGCGACUGUUGCAGGGUAUUCGGACGUCUACAUGGACGAAAUGGAUGCCCGCAAGCCCGGAAAAGGCAAAUCCUCCCAGAACGAACCAUUUGAGCUGGUUGAUGAACACAACAUGGACUUUGAGAAUUACAAGAACCGUCCUGAAUUCCGUGACGAAGCGGGUGGUGAUGGCGAGCUAUAUGGCCACGCCGGUGACUUUGUCCGACCAGGGACGCCCAGCACAACCAUCACUGGCUUCUCCAGAGCUGGAACCUUUGACUCGUCCAUAUCUGGUCACAGUCGCGAUAAUUCUGGCAGCUCGCUCUAUCACAGCCGCAACCACAGUCGUAACAUUUCCCAGCAAGAUACAGCCUACAUACGCAGCCGAAGCGAGUCUCGGGAGUCUGAGAGAACGAAAAUUGGUGGGGAUGGCGAGACGUUUUAUCCUCGCGGAUACCACCAGCCGGCGCCUUCGCAACUCCGCGAACAAUCUCCUGCUGGCGAGAUCCGGCCAAGUCACCCACUCCGACAGGAGAGCAGAGACAUGCUCGUUGGUGGCGCUGCGGGUAUGGGCAGCAGCACGCCUGCUGUCUUGACACCUGGAGGCUAUGGACCAGUCAGAUACGGCACUCCCGAUGCAGGCUAUGGGUCCGACGGCGAUCAGAUUUCUUACGAUUACAUCCGAAGAGGACGAAAUUAUCCUAAUGUCUGA